UGCGGUCGCCUCCUCGAACGACUGUUCCCGUUCGGGACGCGCACAUUCCUGCGCAUGGUUCUGGGCGCCGGGAAGCCGACGCGCCGCCCGAGCCAGACGGAGUCGUUCAUGGAGGAAGCAUUCAACGAAACUCGGCGCUUGCUCGCUGAGCGGGUCAUGUUCGCUCACUGGUUCAACCCUGUCGAGCGCGUCAUAGCACGCGAGAAGCUGGCCGACACGCAGUUCGCGUUUAUGGGCGCCGUGCGAGACCUGAACGUGCCCACGGCCUACUACGACCCGCACGGGCCUUACUUCGACGGCGCACGGCUCGUGCACAGCUACGUUGAGAUGCAGGCGCACACGCGCCGGAUAUACUACCGACCAAUGACCGUGGGGCGCCAGGACUGGGACUUCGACAACAGGUACCACGUGAGCAGCUUGCGCCCAGGCUACGAAUUUGUUCAGGGCCGCAACCUGCUGUUCGUGCCGUACGGUGUGCUCGGGUCAGCGCGGGGCGUGUCGCGUGAGCUAGAGGCGGCGUUCGAGCCGGCGGUGGCACCGUUCCUGCUUCGGGGCUUGCUCGAAGCCGUGGACGAGCGCGGCGCCUGGGUGGACCAUCGGCGUCGCACCCGAAACUGGUGGAGCAGGACGGCGUACAGGAGAUUUGGCGCCGUCAAGGACUGCUUCUUCGGCGAGUACAAGAGGACCAUGCAGGCGAUACUGGGCAAGGAUGUGGACGUCGUGAGGGACACGAGCGCGCUGGUGGCCGAGAGUCUCCUGCUGGAGCCAUUGUACGCGCGCUACCUGCGUCGCCUGGCCAUGGACGGCAGGGCGGCUCGCGAGCGACGCAGUCCCGUAGCCGGCCACACGUUCGAGCAGCUCUUCUACGUGCUGUACGCGACAGCACAGUGCGAGCCGCGACCGGCCAUCGAGCAGCGGCAGGUGGCGUUUGGGGAGGCGCCGGCAAGGGCGCGCGUCAACGUCGCCCUGCGAAACCACCCGCCGUUCGCCGCGGCCUUCGGAUGUCAGCGCGGCCACGACAUGCGGCCGAAGAGAACGUGUCCCACGUGGCAGCACAGCUAAUACGGGAUACAAGUAUGCGGCUAUAUACGAACCGAAUGCGUAAACUGGUGCUUUCGCCUUUUUCUUGCGAAGUUGUUCGCAUGUCAGCUACGCUUAAAGGAUAGACAGAAAACAGUGUGCGGGAUGUCGGAUACAUGCAACUCUAAUAUCUGAUAAAAGUGACUGCACCAAAAUACCAAUAGCUGAACUGAAAGUCGAAUACGCAUGGUCACAGCUACACAUGCUCAUAUUUAAGAGAUUCAUCAUUAUUGCUCAUGAAUGAAAAUAAAACCAAGUCCGAUGUAC